AUGGAAGGCCGCGACUGGGACCGGAGGGUGCUGCCCGUGUGCGCCGGGGCCGUGUUGGCUACCACGCUGGUCGCGGAGGUGCUGAUGGUGCUGCUGCGGUUCCGUCCGCCCGGACAGCCGUUCCCGUUGUGGCCCAUCGCCUCGCUGCUUUUCCUGCUGGCCAGCGCGCUGGAGAACGCUUGGCGCUUCAUCAUGGCUUCGCCCAGCACGCGCGGCGUCAUGCUGGCGGGGGCGGGGCAAGGAUGGGAUUACUGCUAUUCCUGCCAGACCCACGUGCCGCCUCGCUGCAGCCACUGCUUCUCCUGCAACGUUUGUGUCCUGCGGCGAGAUCACCAUUGCCUGCUGCUCGGCCAGUGCGUGGGCUAUCAAAACUACCGCUACUUCCUCUGCCUGCUGCUCUACGGGUCGGUCGCCUUGCUGUACGGCAGCUUGCUCAACGUCAACGUGGUUUGGAUGCUGCUAGAGGAAGGCGGCCUUGCCCACACCGUCCUCCUGCUGAUGCUGCCUUGGCUCAUGCUCCUGAUGGGGCAAGUCAAUUUCGUGACCUUUGCCUACGCUUUUAUGACUGAUGUCUGCGUGGUGGGCUUCUUGUUCUGCCUCAGUUUCCUGCUGUUCCACAGCUUGCUGGCCCUGCGCGGACAGACCACCAAAGAAUGGUUUGAAGGAAAUCGCCAGUACCACCUGGGUUGGCGAGACAACCUUCGACAAGUCAUGGGAGACCGCUGGCUGCUGGCCUUCCUCACGCCUUUCGUCGGUUCCCCUUUGCCAGGAGAUGGAAUCACUUUCCAAACCAGAUCUCCGAAAACGGAAGUGCUCUCCAGACCCCGCAGUUACUAAAGGGUUUCCCCAGUUAUGAGGAAAGUUGAGCUUCUUUCAGUGAUGGCUCGCUUCGUUCAAAAGCAGACGACAACUUUGGCGAAAUCUCUGAAGGCUUGGCCUUACAUCGUUGAAAGCUGAAAGCAAUUUGAUCUUGGAACGGUGGUGACAGAUUCCUUCCCCCCACCCUCUCCCUGGAAAGGGGCUUGCCAUGUUUUUCUUUCAGUGAUCUGAAAAGAAGGAAAUUGCUAAUGUAGGGCAAGAGAAAUUGACACUUGUGCUCAGCUAAAUUGAUCUAAAUGCAGUGGUUUGAUACUGAACCAUUUUUUCUCCUGGUCCAAAGUGCACUAUAUAUAUA